CGGGAGGAGGGCAGCAUCUUACAGUAGUAUGCAUGAUGCCCCGCUCACUCCUCCUGUAAUGGAAUACUAACGGCGCAAAUUUGGAGAACAAGUCAGGAGGGAAAUCCGCGGGAGGGGGGGAUGCGCGCAUAUGACAGGCAUUGGACGUUUCCAUUUAUGACAGUCGGGUAGGGGACUGGAUCUCUCCAACGGGGCUGCGUUUUUAGCUCGACUGGCGACGGGCAUUUUCAAACAUUGCACCCCUCGUCCAUCGCCUGCCUCUCCCGAUCCUCAGUCCUCAGAGCACCAUGCGAGCAGGAGAGACGCGUCCUGUGCCAUGCUGAACAACUCUCCGACUCUCCUGCUGGCGCUGACCACGGUGGCCGGACUUGUCCAGCGAUGCCACGGCUGGAGCGACGAAGACCUCCUCCUGCCGCCCAUCAACUCCUCCAACAGGUUCCUUGCCAACCUGGAGGUGGACGUGCGCUUCUCCAAGAGAUCCGUAGAGGAGAGCGAAGCCUCGUCCGACGCCUCCCUGCAGACUCUGUCCCAGUGCAAUGUGAGCGUCCAGAGACUGCUGCCCACCUCGCUGGUGGCCCGCUGGGACAGCAACUUCGGCUUUCAGUGUGAUGUGCUGAUUUACACCACCAACAACCACGGAAGGGCUUUUUUCUCCGCGUCUUUCAACAGGGCGAUCUCGCCUGUCGUCAUCGAGCACCUCGGGGUCACCGGAGGUCAGCAGGAGUUGCGGCUGUGCGUCGGCUGCGGGCUGUCCCGUUACCGGAGGUUUGGCCAGGGCCGGUCGAGGGGCCAGCAGACCGGGGAUCAAGUCAGCUUCUGCUGCGUCGAUUUCAGCCUGGACGAGCUGAAGGGGGACAAAAGUUGGAGGCUGAACAGAAAACCCAUCGAGUCGACACUUGUGGCUUGUUUCAUGACUUUGGUGAUCAUUGUGUGGAGUGUUGCUGCUCUCAUAUGGCCGGUCCCUAUCAUUGCAGGAUUUCUGCCCAAUGGGAUGGAGCAGAGACGACCGAGAUAAUUAAAACGCUCUUGAUUACAUGGAAACUACCCUGUGCUGCCUAUACUACUAAUUGUAGCCAUCCAACUGUUACCAGAACAAAAGACUGUGGAGGUUUGGACAACGUUUUGAACAAAAUGGUUUAGUUUCAAGGUGUUAAUUUACCCUUAGACGUCCUCGUUAGAACAACCUAUGGGGUAAAGUAGCCUACUGUAUUCUUGUAACUGGCCCAGUCGCCUUUUAACUAGGCUAUAACGGUAGGACUACACCAGUGUGUUUGUUAGUUGUUGUUUUUUUUUUGUUUGUUUUUUUAUCCGUGUAGGCCUUCCUAUAAAUUAGGUCAUCGUAAACUGUGCAAACGUUUUUUCUUAAAACGGUGUUUGUAUAGUUUUUAAUCUUUAUAGAAAUUUAUGCCUUAUCCCAUGUGUAGGACUUUUACAAAGAAAGUUUGGGCUGCCUUUAAGGCGUGCCGUCAGACAUAUAACCCGGUAUGUAGUCACGUUUAGAGUAAAUGUGAUAGGUUUUUUCAAUAUAUUCUCAGAAAUAGAUGUUGUUUAUGAUUGACUUAGAGUAAAUUUAGCUAUUUAUAUUGUUAGAUUUAUAACGUCAACUUCAAUAUAAGUGCUUAUUUGUAUUUAUGUUACACCGAGUAAAAUGAAAAUAAAAUUGUUUAUAGGCUAUCUAA